UCCGGUCGUGGCCGCCAUUUUGACUUCGCGACCUUGGGCUCCUACCGCCAGCUGUCUGCAGUCUACUCGGUGCGGUCAUGUCUAUACUGACUCCGCUGCUGCUGAGGGGCCUGACAGGCUCGGCCCGGCGGCUCCCGGUGCCGCGUGCCCAGGUCCAUUCCAGGCCUGCGCGGGAGCAGCUCGGGACCAUGGAUAUCGCCAUUGGGCUCACCUCCUGCUUCCUGUGUUUCCUCCUGCCGUCCGGCUGGGUCCUGUCGCACAUGGACAGCUACACGAAGCGGGGGUGAAGGGAGCUGUCCUCCCCCUCACCCUGUGACCUGACCACCCCCUGGCCUGUCCUGAUCAUGUCUGCUGCAUUCCUGGCCGGCCUCCCCUGGAUCAUGUCCUUCAGUUACAGUGACCUCUUCUGCAGUCAUGACCUCUCCAUUUCUCCAUGGUGACAUCCUGGGACCACAUAUUAUCAGUUUAUAAGGCCCUGCUCUGUAGGGCCCCCCUUGUAACAAUAAAGUCUGUUUAAACCCUGC